AUGUGUUUAUCUUUGCAUGAAUGUAACAGAACAAUUAAUGGAACUGAGAUGAGCUUUACUUGUCCAUCGAUAGUUGGUAGUCAAGAGCUUAGAUUAUAUGAUUUAACUGUUGCUCAAUUGAAUAGUAUUACAUCAUUGAUAGUAACCGGUAAUGAAAAUAUUGUGGGCCCUUUUACACGUAUUCCUGCUAAUAUAUGUUUAUUAAGAAAUUUACAAAAAAUUGAUUUUUCGUAUAAUCAGAUUAUAGAAGCAGAUCCAACAGGAUCAUUAACUCAAUGUUUAACAAACGUAGUUACACUUAAUCUUACCUCUAAUAAUAUUUCUAAAUUUCCAUCAUUUAUGAUAUACAAUAUGCCAAGUUUAAAAAAUCUUUAUUUUCAAGAUAAUCUACUGACUGAAAUACCUGUGAAUGCUUUUACGGACGUAUCAUCAUUAGAAAUAAUCGAUUUUUCAUAUAAUAAUUUAACAACGUUUGAGCUGUGGGCUCUUGAAGUUAAAACAAAAGCAGAUUUUAGUUAUAAUCAAAUUUCUACUAUAACGAAUAAAUAUUUCUUUAAGAAAAUACUGAAUAGAACUAUAGAACAGGGUGUUUAUUUAAGUAACAAUAGUGCAGCAAUAAAUUUUACUGAUGCGGUUUAUGAGAUGUAUAAUCAAUGUGAAGAAGUUUAUCAAUGGUAUUUUAGUAAUAUGGACUUACCAAUGCAGCCGUGGUUUACCUGGAAAUUGGCUUAUAUUGACUUUGGUACCACACGAAUUGAUUGCAGUUGUGAUCAAGCCUAUUUUUUACGUGUAUUUAAAGAUAGUAGCUUUCUUGAAGGGCAAAUUUAUCCGAUACAAAAUGCAAUGUGUUCAAACAAUUCACUAGGUGUUAACGAUACAACUCUCUGGAAUUCAAGUUGUGCUUCACCUAUUUUUGAAACUAAUUCAACUGUCGACUUUUCACAAGUUUAUCCUAAAUUAUGUAAAAUUACGGAAGAUGAAGGCGGUGAACUAACAAACGUAACAGACAUUGAUCCACCAACAUUAAAUGCGUCGUUUUAUCCGAAUUAUACAACAGCAUCAUUGAACCCAGGAGCAUGUUACUUCUCGUUUUCAAACAGUACUUCAAUGAUGAUUAGAUGUACAAAUGACACAUCCAAUUCAGCAUCAAGAAUUCCUACAGAUUUAUUAUCAAGUCCUUACAUGUCCAAUAUAACUCAUAUUACAUUUUCUUCAUCUAUUUCAUCACUUCCCUCAUAUGUUUGUUCAUUACCAUCUGGUGAAAUUGAUUUAAGUUUUCAAGCAUUUACUACACUUAAUGAUACAACAUUUCCAUGUCUCGAUUCAUUUCGUACAAUAAACUUAUCGUUUAAUCAAUUAACAUCAGUCAAUAUGAAAAAUGGUAAUUUGAAAAACUUAACUUCACUUGAUCUUUCAUCAAAUAAACUUACAUCAUUACCGUAUUCUAUACUUGAUCCUACACCAACAUCAUUACGUUAUCUUGAUUUACGAAAUAAUUCUAUAAAUUAUCUUGAUCUUUUUAUUUUUACACUAAAAAAUAUUACAAUUAAUCUUGAUAAUAAUCCUAUUAAUAGUUCAAAUAUUAUCAAUCCUCAAAAUGUAACAUUAGGAAAUAAUGAUACUUCAACAGUGAAUAUCACGUUUCCUGCAACUGUAAAAAAUAGUACAAUUCCUAUUACAGACGAAAUAGCAUUAACUUAUGGUAUAUGUCAAAAUUUUCAAUCAUUACGAAACAAUCUUCUUAAACUUCAAUCAACAGUUAGUCAUGUUGUACUUGUAUGUACAUGUGUAUCAAUAAAUUUAAAACAAAUAUAUCAACAAAAUGGAUAUAAUAUUACAAAUGAUUUUCAGUGUUCAACUGCAGGUGACGAAGAAACUUUUUACGCAUUAAACAUGACUUCUUGUUCAAAUGUUACCGAUUUUAAAUCAGGAUUAUGCGCUGAGCCACCUCCAACUACAGUUGCUCCACCUCUUCAAUCAAAUAAUAAUGAUUCCAAUUCGAGUCGUACCGCAUUAAUUAUUGGCCUGGUUGUUGGAUUAGGUUGUUCCCUUUUACUAGUUGUUGCUAUUCUAGUUGUAAUUUACAUUGUAAAAGCUAAAGGUGCAGUAUCAGGAGUGACAAAACGUGUUGAUCGAGCUCCUGUUACUAAUCAAGCACCUGAAGAUUCUCUCCAAUCUCGUGUACAAUCUAGAAGUUUUCGAUCAGUAAAAUUAGCACCAAUCAUUCAUAAAUCAGCUCCAUUACCUGCAACACCUGUUGCAGCUGUUAUACCUACUACAGCUUCUACAACGGCAUCUCAUACAAAUACUAAAUUACGUUCGUCAUCAAAAGGAAUUUCACUUCGACUUGAUUCGAUCAGAAGUAUUAUUAUGUUGAAUAUUACGGAUAUUGUUGAAUCAACAUUAGCUACAACUAUAUUUAAUAAUUCAAACAAUAAGUAUUGUGUAGAAAGAUUUUCAAUAACAAGAUGUUAUUUGUUUGGUAUUAUUUGUAUGUUGGCUUAUCUCUUUUUAGCAUUUUCUCUUUUACCUCAAAUUAUUCAUCUAUUUCAUUAUCGUACACGAUAUAUAGCUGAGGAUGCUUUUAAAUGGACAUCGAUAUUGAAAUUAAUUGCAUUGAUAUCAACAAUUAUAAUUUUUUUACAAAUCAUUAUAUUUUCAAAUAAUCUUCAUCGACAAAAUAAAAUUAUUUUAAUUUUUAUUAGUUUAUGCAUAUGGAUUAUUGGUUUAAGUUUUAUAAUUUUCUUUGGAAAACAAAAAGAUUUGUUUAUAAAUAUUGGUUAUAUUUUACUUGCCAUACAAAUAUUACCACAAGUUUUACUUAAUUCAUUAUUAAGAACAACGAAAGCUUUAUCAAAAUUUUCAAUAAUUUUUUUAGUGAUAAGUGAUGGUCUUUUAUUUUCUAUUGCUCCUACAAAUCAUUCUCAAUUAUUGAAAUUUAUUGCAAUCUAUUAUUCAUUUUCAUUUUUUUUAUUUAUUUUUCAACAAACUAUGAUCUAUAAAGAUAAACAUAUACAUUUAAUAUCUCGUUCAGCACAUGCUAUUCAUACACCAGGUGUUGAUAUAUUUACAGGACUUGAUAUUAAUGGAGUACAAAGUACAGGACAAGAUCCACAAAUGUUUUCAAUUGAAGAUUUUGAACCAAUGGAUGGAAUGAAUGCUGUUUAUCUACCAGUUACAACAAAUGAAUCAUCAAAACAAAUAGUUCAACAAACAUCAAUAGAAAAAUAUGUUUUGUAUGCAAAACUUGGAUGUAUUUUUACUAUUGAAACUAUUGUUACAAUGAUACUUUUCUAUUAUGUUUCGUCUUUAUGGAUAAUAUUUGUUCCUAUUUCUAUUCUUGUCAUCGUUUGUAUCUUCUUUUUAUUGCGUACUAGAUUAAGUUCUUCACAAACAGAAAAUUUGAAAAAAAUUUUGUAA